UCUGCGGCGCCUCGACCCCACAUUUCCUUCUCAAUAUUUUUUACUAUUAUUUUCAUAUAUAAUUACCUCAAUUAAUUUCCUUUAAUAUUAUUCAGCUUCUCUGGAGGAAGCACAUUUUGGGGUUAAUUGAUUUAUCUAAUUUGAGAAAAUGAUUACAUAUGAGCAAGAACAUGAUUUUGUUAAGUGGGGUUUGCAACUAUUUGAUAGUGAUCCUUAUGCUAAUUGUGGAUAUGGCGGUGUGCUAACUCAAGAAGAUGGGGAGUAUUACCCUGGAAAUUAUUUCAAGGAGGAACGUUACGACGUGGGAGAAUGUUGCAAUGUAGAAAAUGAUGAGGCUAUUGCUCAUAUUCUUCAACUUCAAGAACUGUCACAACUCGCGGUUGUGGGAUCUCCAAGCCAAAGGGAGGAAGAAGAAGAAGAGGAAGAAGAACUGCAAUUGCAAGUGUCUGGUUAUCCACAAGAUUGUGUUGACCAGUCUGUUGGGAACUUUGGUUCUGGGCAUCAUUGUGGUCAGGAAGAGCAAGAUGAUACAGCGCCUUCUAGUACAUUUUCUAGCCCCGAAGAAAAGUUGUUAUAUGAGGAUUGGUCAUAUUCAUUGGAGCUAACAAAUGAGUAUGCUCUUGAUGGUGAAGUGGGGAAAUGGAUGAAUCAGAUGGUUCCUGUUCCUCAUGUUCCAAGAAUCAAUGGUGAAAUACCUUCGGUUGACGAAGCAACUUUAGAUCAUCAAAGGCUACUGGAAAGAUUGCAGGUCUAUAAUUUGGUGGAGCUUAAAGUUGAAGGAGAUGGUAACUGUCAGUUCCGUGCUCUAUCUGAUCAAUUUUAUCGAACUCCUGAGCAUCAUGAAUUGGUGAGAGAGAAAGUUGUAAAUAAGCUUAAGUCUUAUCCAGAAAUAUAUGAGGGGUAUGUUCCCAUGGCAUAUGGUGACUAUCUGGAGAAGAUGUCCAAGAGUGGUGAAUGGGGUGAUCAUGUCACUUUGCAGGCUGCUGCAGAUUCAUAUGGUGUUAAAAUAUUUGUCAUAACAUCUUUCAAAGACACUUGCUACAUUGAGAUUCUUCCAAAUGUCCAAGGGUCAAAACGAGUUAUUUUUUUGAGCUUUUGGGCAGAGGUGCACUACAACUCAAUAUAUCCAUUUGGAGAAAUCAAUGACUUGCUAAGGGACAUGGAAUUACAUUCCGUAUUCUCUGUUUGGGCAUCAGAGUUGGCAAAGCUUUGAACUAUUUCUAGCUGAAGAGAUUCCAUAUGGUAGUUCU